AUGUCCGAAGUGGAUAAGGCUCAACUGGCCGCCAUCAAUAAGGAUGUGCAGGCAAACGACACGAUUUUCGGAAAAAUUAUUCGCAAGGAGAUUCCGGCGAAAAUCAUUUUUGAAGAUGAGGAGGCCCUCGCAUUCCACGAUGUCUCUCCACAAGCUCCAAUUCACUUCCUGGUGAUCCCAAAACGUCGUAUCGAUAUGCUCGAAAACGCCGUUGACUCCGACGCUGCGCUCAUCGGAAAGCUUAUGGUCACCGCUGCCAAGGUCGCCAAAGAGCUGAAAAUGGCCGACGGCUAUCGUGUGGUCGUGAACAACGGAAAAGACGGAUGUCAAUCGGUCUAUCAUCUUCAUCUCCACGUUAUGGGAGGACGCCAACUUCAAUGGCCACCAGGAUAA